CCUGAUCGAGGUCGGACUCGAGAACCGGGAAAUGGAUUGAAGCGCCGGACGUCUUUAAGGGAAGGUAGGACAACAGGCGAAACUGAGCCAACGGCUACCGACAACCAUCAGUGGUCCAUCAUGUCAUAUCAGUCUGGAAAGAUGCAGGAUCCAGAUCAGCUUGCACAGAAGAUAAUUUCAAAUAUCCAGAAGAUAUCGCAACAAACAUCUGACAUACAAAGGAUUAUAAAUCAGCUCGGGACUCCACAGGACACCGCAGAACUUAGGCAACAACUGCAGGAGAAACAACAGAAUGUUAGUCACCUCGCCAAAGAAACUGACCGACACCUGAAGGAGUUUGGAUCCCUGCCUGUCACAGCAGAACAGCGCCAAAGGAAGAUCCAGAGAGAUCGGCUUGUGAAGGAUUUUAGUGAUGCACUUGCUGUCUUCCAAAGGGCUCAGCGGCAAGCUGCUCAGAAAGAGAAGGAGUUUGUGGCCCGAGUCCGCGCCAGCUCAAGAGUAUCGGCUGGCAUUGGUGACGAUCCCUUCUAUGGAGAAAGUCCAUCCCCUUUUCACAGUGAGAGUCAGCCUCAGGCCCAGGUCCAAGAGGAUGCCAUCACAGAGGAUGACCUGCGACUCAUCCAAGAGCGAGAGAAUGCCAUCAGGCAAUUGGAGUCUGAUAUUACAGAUAUAAAUGAUAUUUUCAAAGAUCUGGCAAUGAUGGUCCAUGAACAGGGAGAAAUGAUUGACAGCAUAGAGGCCAAUGUGGAAAGUGCUGAUGUUCAUGUGCAGUCUGGUACCCAGCAGCUGGCAAGGGCUGCAGAUUACCAGCGCAAAUCACGAAGAAAGAUCUGCAUACUGAUCAUAAUUCUGGUAGUGGUUGCAGUUGUGCUUGGUUUGAUCAUCUGGGGUGCAGUCAAAAAAUAGCGUGAUGUUUGUUAGAGCUUCUUUUUUAAUUCAUUGUCGCUUAUACUUUAUCUAAUGAUCAUCCUUUGCAAACCUGAUUACAGAAUGUUUUUUGUUGAAUAUUUUUUCAAGAUGAAGCAAAUGCAUAUUUUACGUGCAUUUUCUUUUAAAACAUACAUAUUUUAAAAUAUUUCGUGUAGGUUAUAAUGUUAAAAGUGCCAUACAAAAUAGUUCACUUACACACUGUCUACAACUGCUUCUCCCGAGCGGGGUCGCAGCGAACCGAAGUCUAACCCGGCAACAC